GGCUUGUCCGCUAGAGUUCAGAUAGUGUAGAAAGGAUUACUCUUUGAGCUCUGUAGAAAGAUGGCUCUCUUCCAAACACAAACAACGCCUCCUAUCCACAGCCAUGGCGUUAGCUUCCAAACCCACAGCCACUCUCCCAUGGCCUUACCAUUUCAUCCCCCACCGCCUUCCCUCCCUCUUUCUCUCUUCUCCUUUAGAACCCUCCAACAAGACUCACUUUUUUCUCCCCCAACAGUGAAAAGAAAGUUUCUUUGCAGACCCCCUCAUGGUAAACAUGUUAGAGAAGAUUAUCUUGUGAAGAAGGUGUCGGCCGAGGAGGUCCAGGAACUGGUAAAAGGAGAUAGAAAUGUACCCAUUAUUGUUGAUUUCUUUGCAACAUGGUGUGGACCCUGUAUAUUGAUGGCUCAAGAACUUGAAAUGCUUGCUGUGGAGUACGAGAGCAAUGUAAGAAUUGUAAAGGUUGACACGGAUGAUGAAUACGAAUUUGCACGGGACAUGCAGGUACGAGGAUUGCCGACAUUGUUAUUUAUAAGUCCAGAUUCAAGUAAAGAAGCCAUCCGGACUGAAGGGCUCAUCCCAUUACAGAUGAUGCGGGAUAUCAUUGAUAACGAAAUGUGAAGUAGCCCGUGGCUUAUUUCUGCAUAAAUAUGGGGAGCAUGGGUUUGGUGAUGGUACAAACAUUACCAGUACUGUUCGAGGUCUGUUAUGUUCUGAUUCACUAACUGAAAUUUUGCCGUGGAGCGAACAAUUUAGUAGCCAUAAGAUAGCGAGUAGAUCUGAUUGUUUUAGGCAUGUAUAAAUGUAAGGAUGCACGUCCAUCACACAUCCUCGCACGGUUAGAGGUGCAAGGAUGUUUUGUGAUGGUACGAGAAUUACCGUUGUUGUUACUGUUUUGUGAUGGUACCCUAAAGAGAUUUUACUCCUUUCCGUUAAGCUGCAAGUUCAUGGUAGAUCAUCAAACCAGUUGUUUGUAAUUGUUGUUAAAGUUCUGAAGUGGAUUUGGUUGAUUAUUGCCUUGCUGGAUA